AUGCCUGCAGAUGGAAUUUACAAGAGGUAUGAUGCUUUUGAAGCUGGAGGAUCCAAAUCCUCUUUACAGCGUGAUUCAAACACCUCUAUUGCCAAUGACAAAGAAUCCAUGUAUAUUGAUACUAAUAAACUAAAAGAACCUACGAGCUGUCAUUUUCAGCCACAAAAUUUCUACACGAGUUCUGCCGAGGAAAGUGAAUGUGAAAAAUAUUUCUUCUCUAAUCAUAGUGAUGAUCUGCCUCAUGUGUCUAUUUUUGACACUCGUUGUGAGUUUCAGACCUAUGCUCUCUCCCGUCUUCUUUUUUAA